UGUUUGAUUAGGUUUAUGGAUCAAUUGUAUAUGGUCGUUAUCCGGAAUCCAUGAGGAAACUUGUAGGUAGCUGUCUACCCGAAUUCUCAGAAAUUGAAUCUGAGAAACUGAAAGGAUCAUAUGAUUUUCUCGGAAUAAAUUACUAUACUGCCCGGUAUGCAGCAGAUGCAUCAAACAUUAACGUUGAAACGUUAAGCUACCUCACAGAUCCUAAGGUUAAGUACACAUGUGUGCGGAAUGGGGUUCCGAUUGGUCCACUGGCUAGUUGUGGUUGGCUCUACGUGUACCCACAAGGAAUUUAUGAUUCUAUGAUGUACAUAAAGAAAAAGUACAAAAACCCGAUUAUUUAUAUCACAGAGAAUGGGUUGGGCGAAAAGUGUAGUUCGAAAAACAGAUUUACAGAAGCAAGAGUAGAUGAAAUGAGGAAAGAUUACCACCGUGAUCAUAUCCACCGCCUUGGGGAAGCGAUUGACGACGGCGUUAAGGUGAAGGGUUACUUUUUGUGGUCGCUAUUUGACAAUUUCAAAUGGUCUGCUAGUUACAGUCAUCGUUUUGGAUUGAUCUAUAUCGAGUUUAGAGAUGGAAAUUUAACAAGGCAUCCUAGAGGAUCGGCCAUAUGGUACAUGAAUUUUCUCAAGAAUAAGGACACCGAACCCCUCAAAAGACAACUUCUUGUUCCCGGCAAAUGAAUAAUUCUUCUUUGCUGUUGGUUUUAUGUUUCGUUUUCCGGUGGUCCUCCCCAUAACUUAGUUCAACGAUUUAUGUUUUCAAGUCUUUGUAUCCAAAUAAGGGAAGGUGGACUCUUCCACCCUUCACCGAAAUGAAGUGUUAGGAAAAUAAUUGAGGGAGGGCUACUCCUUGUUGUGUUGCUCCUUAUUUCCUUUAACUGCAAUGGAUAAUAAAUUGCCUUGAAAAUAAUAAAUAUUGUCCUUAAAUUAUCAA